AUGGGCCGCUUAAACGACGGCUUCAACAUCUUAUAUCUGGGCGUAGCAGCCGCAGUAUACUUCAAGCCUGAUUAUGCCAUCAAAAACUCCAGGACCAUCACUAUUGCCCUCUUCUUCACUAUCAUCACCGUCUCAAAGCUGCUUUAUCAAUUAUUGCUUUACCCUCGAUUCUUCACCCCUUUGAAACAAAUACCUACGCCUAAUGCCCGGCACUGGUUGAAAGGCAAUACCGCUUCGGGCUUGAUUGACACUCCCCAUGAGUUGAUCAAAGAGUGGGCUAGCACCAUUCCUAAUGAUGGACUGCUGCGCUAUUAUAUUGUCGGUCAACUCGAGCGACUGGUUUUGACGACUCCUAAAGCCUUGAGCGAAGUGUUAAAUUCCAAGGUCUAUGAUUUCGCUAAACCCACCAUCGCGCAGCAGAACUUGCGCCGUGUCGUUGGAGAUGGUGUUUUACUUGCUGAAGGCGACGAGCACAGGUUCCAAAGAAAGAAUCUGAUGCCUGCAUUUUCUUACCGCCACAUCAAGGACCUCUACCCCAUCUUCUGGAACAAGAGCACCGAAAUGGCUAAGUUGAUCCGCCGUGAAGUUGAGUCCAAGGGACCAAACGAGGACAAAACCAUAACGGUGCGAACAUACGCUAGCCGCGCCACCCUCGACAUCAUCGGGUUAGCUGGAAUGGGUCACGACUUCGACUCUCUUCAAAACCCAAACAACCGCCUUUACAAGUCCUACCAGAAGAUAUUUACAAGUCCCGGUACUCUCACUCGCGUCCUAUUCAUGGUUGGCGUGAUGCUCGGAGAUAUGACAGUCCUGCACAAGCUGCCCACCACGCGCAACAAAAACUUUGCCGAAGGUCGUUAUGUCAUCCGUGAGACUGCUCGCCAGAUGCUGCGGGAAAAGCAAGUCGAGGAGAAUGAGAAGAAAGAUACUGGCAUCGAUAUUAUCUCCGUCGCGAUGCGAAGUGGGAAUUUCGAAGAAGAGAAUCUUCUAGAUCAAUUGAUGACGUUCCUGGCUGCGGGGCACGAGACCACAGCAGGCGCGCUUCAAUGGGCGAUUUAUGCUCUUUGCAAAAACCCUGAAGUUCAGGAGCGUUUGCGUGAAGAGGUUCGGACGAACCUUCCUCCUAUCAAUGUUGAGAGCCCCGAGUCUAUUGACGCUGCCGCUAUCGAUAAUCUCCACUACCUGAAUGCUGUUUGCAAUGAGGUACUUCGGUUUCACCCGUCUGUUCCUAACACUGUUCGUGUGGCGGUGAAAGAUACCUCGUUGGUCGGUCAGCCAAUCCCCAAGGGCACGUUCUUGGUUAUAUCAGCCGAGCUACUUAACCAUAUGUCUGAGCUCUGGGGACCUGAUGCGGAUAAAUUCAACCCCGAUCGAUGGAUGGGUCCAGGCAAGGCAAACACCGGUGGGGCUACGAGUAACUAUGCCUUCUUGAGUUUUCUUCAUGGUCCACGUGCUUGCAUUGGUCAGGGAUUCUCUAAAGCUGAGCUGGCUUGCCUGCUCGCUGUUCUCGUCGGCAGCUUCAAGUUUGAGCUGAAGUACCCCAACGCUAAGCUAGAGCUUAAAAUGGGUGCGACCUGUGCACCGAAGGAUGGCGUCCAAGCUAUUUUUACUCCGUUAGAUGGAUGGUAA